AAAUCGAUUCUCGAGAAUCUAUGUCAUCAGCGGUGUGGCUUGAGGUUCAAAAACAGGAUCCAGGGAUAGUUUACUAUAAAACAUACAUAUUCCAAGAGGACUACAAAAUGGUAUAACAUGAAUAGAUCCUCUAGAAAACCGAUAGGGUUACCACUAGAACUACGUUCGCCGCGUCAAACCACAAAAGGACUUA